AUUGUGCUCUAAUUGUCAAUAGGUGUUUAAUAAUAACAGUUUUGUGAAGUGAUUUCUUAAGUUAUUUAUUUAUUUUUUUGCGAUUGCUGGUCGUAAAUUGAAAACGGCAUAGCUCAAAUUAGAGAGUUUUUUACAACUCCCGAUAUCGUGAAGUGAUAUUUUUUUUCUUUCUUUUCAUUUUGGAAGUUAUUUGCAAAUCAAAACAAUAUACAGAUUGAGUACCUUUUAAGAAAUUUUCUUAGGUGCUCAAUAAUUUUCGAUUGUUUGUAUAAUUUUUUUAUGUUAGUGGUUCUAUAAAAACAUUCAAACUGUGGGGCACCGGAGCUUUUUUCCUUCCGCCGCAAGGAAUGUAUUAUCCUCACAUGGUCCAAACGGGAAUGGCAGCCCCAUACCCGGCAGCGGCACCUGGGCCCCAAUUUCCAACACAAAAUGGCGGUGAAGGUGCAUUACCCCCGGGCGCUGCAGCUGCAGCAGCGGCAGCUGCAGCGGCCGCAGCAGCUGCGGGGGCUGGAAAAACAACAGAACAACAUGCAGCAGUUGCAGCAGCUAUAGCCGCCGCGAAAGCAGACACUGGCGGCGGUGGAGGAGGAGGUGGCGGCGGCGGUGGUGGUGGAGGUGGGGGUGUCACGUCUGGUAAUACUGUAAAUACUGGCAAUGCUGGAAGUACAGGAAAUGGUGGUGCAAAUAGUGGAGCACCACCUGGUGUACAGCUACCACCUGGUGCUGGUGGUGUACCCGGACAACCUGGACCACAAUCAGGCCCACCUUUUUCACCACCUCUUGGACAGGGAGGACCACCACCUAAUGGCAUUGAAACGUCAAUCGCACAACAAACAGUUAGCAUUACCGAUGUGUUACAGCAAACGGAACCAGAACCCGGUACAGAAGGACAAAAUGGUGCAGGUGUACAGUUAGCAAAUGGUGGUGCGCUAGUACCAACGAGUGCGGCAGCUUUAGCACAUGCGGCAGCAGCUCAAGCCGCAGAUAUAGCAGCUGGAAAAGGACAACCAAAACGUUUGCAUGUGUCAAAUAUUCCAUUCAGAUUUAGAGAUCCAGAUUUAAGGACAAUGUUUGGGAAUUUUGGCCCAAUAUUAGAUGUAGAAAUCAUAUUUAAUGAACGAGGUUCAAAGGGAUUCGGUUUUGUAACAUUCGCGAAUAGUGCUGAUGCGGACCGCGCACGAGACCGACUUCACGGCACCGUGGUUGAGGGAAGAAAGAUAGAGGUCAAUAACGCCACAGCACGAGUCCAAACGAAAAAACCAGCAACACUUCCAAACGUCUGCGUUCAAUGGCCAGAGGAAUUGGCCGCUAAUUUGUGUACAUUGCCUGGAUAUCGGCUGCCAACAAUGGCGUGGCCAUGGGCAAUGGGGGCAUCCCCAGCAACUGCAACUACCCCGGGAACAGCUGCAACAGCAACAACAGCACCACAAUUGGUGUUAACACCACGAACUGCCCGACGGAGUGUUUAUUAUGACCCGUUCCUAGCAGCACAUGCAGCAACAGCGGAUCCAAACUAUAGACUUCAGAUUGAUUGGCUUCAAAAUGCUGAUCAAUCUCCUACCGAGGCUGCCGCUGCUGCUGCUGCGACACCAUUAUUAAAAACACCUCUAUCAAAUGCCCAACAGGCAACAUAUGCUGCUGCGGCGACGUAUACGGCUGUAGCCGCGCGCUAUGGAGCUGCCGCUGCCGCUGCACAACCAGUUGCUGGUUAUGCGGCUGUCGGAUACGGCCGUGAGUAUGCUGAUCCAUAUUUAGGACAUGGAAUUGGACCAAUGGCAGGAUAUGGGGCUCAAGUAUAUCGAAGUGCGUAUAAUAGAUUUGCUCCUUAUUAAUAUUUAAAUAUACAACAAAUUCCCCCAUCACACAACAACCAACAAUGAUCGCUCACCGAAUUUCAAAAUCGUCAACCAAAACAUCUUAUUACGCAACAAACAAGAAAUCCUGCUGGAACUUAUCUUUAUAUAAUGUAAAAAAAAAAAAGAAACAAUCAGUUCAUCGUAUCAACCGUGUAAGAUGAAUUUUAUCUGCAAUCAAAGUGUGCAACAUAUGACUAUUAAUUAAUUUCUAAUUAAUUUAUUGAUUUUAAAAAUGGGCAGCUACACGCUAUUCUACAGUGGUUAAUAAAUUAAGAAAAAUCGAUAUUGAUAUUUUCUUGUUUAAAAAAUCGAAGAAGUAAAAAGUAUGAAAUUUUCUCUCUCAGGUAUUGAAUCUGAAUAAAUAUUUUAUUAGCCGCGAUUUUUUAAAAUGUACGUGAUGUCCCACAGUUGGGAGGGGCAUAUUGUUAUUAGCCAGUAAACAAUGACUGACGCGAACAAGAAAAAAAUAGAAUCUCAAAUGGUGCGUAAAAUAGUUUUAUAAGAAAAGAAACACGCACAUUGAUUUCAACAAAUUUUUGUUAAGCUACAAGAGAUUAUAGCUUUAUUAUUUAAGUUUAAUUUUUAGAUUU